CAAAUCUUCUUAACAGAGGCUUCAGAUCCAAAAGGGUGCUACAAGGAGAACAAAAGAAAACGAUAUUUUAGCAGCACUCCCGGGGACUUUGUUCCGUCUUUAAUGACCCCUGCCAUCUGUGCUACAAAAUGUGGGAGCUUCAAUUUUAACUAUGCUGCCGUCACCCAAGGGCAGUUUUGUUUCUGUGGCGACUCGCUUCCUCCAUUGUCAGAAAAAGAUGUUUCAGAAGCAUCCUGUUCCGAUAUGUGUGUCGGUAAUACUUCUAUAAAAUGUGGAGGACCAGACUAUGUUAAUGUAUACAGCACAUCUCCACCUAUCGUUGGACUGGAAGUUACACCAAGUGUGUCUCUCAUUGAGACCGGAAGUGACGUUUCAUUCACUCCUAGUUACGAAUCAGCAGGAGAAGACUUGACAUUUCAGUUAGAUUAUGGAGAUGAUGGAGGAAAAACAGACAAGAACCAAUCAGCGCCUGAUAUGUGGACGACGAAAUAUUUCACACCAGGACGGUAUCAGAUAACAUUGUUUGGAAAUGACAACCAAAACUCCAUUGUGGAGAAGGAAGCGACUACUGCAGUGCUGGUGGAAGCUCGUCCCCACAACGCAUCACUGUCAUGUCCAGACAAUGCAGCCACACAUGAGGAGACUAUUUGUAUUCUUACGGUGAUGGCUGGAAGCAACCUAGAACUUACAGUAGAUAUAGACGGUGUCCAGCACUCUAAAUUUUACAUUUCUGAUCCACCAAUAUACACUGCAGGACCUGCAAUUGUUUCAAUGUCAUCAUCUUUAUUGCCUGGGGAAUCAACAAGUGAUUAUAUAAUUAUGCCGGCAUCAGAAAUACAGCAGGAUGGAACGCUGAUUGGUUUUGAGUAUUAUACACAUACAGUGGGAGCGGUUGAAUUCUACAUUUUACGACCUUCUUGUGCAAAUUAUUGCUUUGAUAGCAACCAAUGUACUGGAACUUGUGAAAAUCUUUAUCAGCGCACCUGCUCGUCUGGUCUUCAGUUCUGCCCUGCUUCUGGUGCUUGCUGGAAUUAUGUUUCUCCUACAUGUGCUUCACCAACACAAAGAUACAAUGGAACUCAAAGGACAAAUUUAGCACAAGUUGCAGCAAUACCUCACACUUUAUUAGCGUCCCCUUCAUAUGACUACUUUUCCAUUGAUCUAACUGCAAACAAAAUAAAAGUCAAGCCAGGCGAUAUAAUAGCAUAUAAAAACCUAGGUGGUGUUUUAAAAUCUUUUUCUAGUAAUUCUUCAGACUCUGAUUUGAAAAGUGUCGACUUUACUUUACUAACAAAUGCAGCCUCUCUGGGAUCUCCUAAAAGACAUCUACUAAGAGCAGUUGUAUCAGCUGGAAUCGACGUAAAAUUACCCUUUACAUUUUCAACGCCAGGUUCAAAAACUGUUGGAGCACUUGUCAAAAAUAAUGAUCUUGCAGCAUCUCUGGCGCUUUCUGAGGUGGUGAAUAUAAUAGAGGGCAUUGACAUGUGUGCAUUGGACAUAGUAAUGUAUGCAGAGACAUAUAGUCCUGUUCAAUUUCAAGUGUUACCUCAUACAGGUACUAGCAUCAUCUAUACUUGGGAUUAUGGCGACAGUUCUACCACAACAAAUGUUACAACUUUACAACACACUUAUACCUACUCGACACCUGGGACGUUCCCUGUUAAUGUCACCUGCUCAAAUGCACUUAGUUCUAAAUCGAACUAUUCUACUAUAAAGAUAGAAACAAGAAUAAAUGGUCUUUCUUUAUCAGCUUCUCCAGCAGUUACAUCGGAAGUGACGUCAAUAACUCUUGGAAUGACGAAUGGAUCUGACUACACGUGUGUGUGGAAGAAGAAUGGUGUCUCAUUUGCGACGACAACGUCAGUAACUACACCACCAAACGGCAACUUUGAUCAUAUUUUCACUGAAGAUGGAACUUACGAAAUAACUGUAACAUGCAGCAAUAACAUUAACAGUCAAUCAGGGUCUGUUACUGUGACUGCCCAAAGGAAGAUUACAGGCCUCGCCCUUGUUCGCACAGGGGCCCUGUUGAACACACCGUACACGGUAGAUUUCGUCUGGGAUGAUGGAUCUAAUCCUCAGUUUUUGUUGGAAUUUAAUGGAGUUUUACAAACCCUUUCUAUUGACACAUUUGCAAGAAAAGGUACAUCUCCUGUUUUUCCAGCGGAGGCCUCCGUUACCUCUUUUCCGCUAAAUUUAACAGCAUACAACUUGGUGAGUAAUGAACAAAUCACGACAAAUUUUGGAAUCGAAUCGGAAAUAACUGACUUGACAAUUACGUCCGACAGUACUAUCAAUCCUACACUAGGAUUUGGAACAGUUGCUAAGGAUGAUGUUGUGACUCUUACAAUCAUGGCAACAGGAGGAACUAAUGUCAACAUACAAUGGGAACAUACAGUUGGCAAUUCUCCACCCUCAGUAACGCCACAAAACAUACCAACGUGGACCGGAACUGUAACAAAAUCGUUCACACUCUCCACUUUAGGAAAUCACGAAUUGAAAGUGUCAGUCAGCAAUGCAUACUCUUCAAAUAUAUCCACUUUCAGUUACCUUGCAAUCGCCCCAGUCAAAGAUAUCCAGUUCAAUACAAUUAGCCCCGUUUUGUUUUUACCACCAGCUGACGUAGUUUUCACGUUUUCCCAAAGUCCAGUUGGACUCUCACCAAACGAAGCAACAAUAGAAAUAGAUUAUGGUGAUGGAACUCCGAUGGCAACUCUUCCAUUUUUAUUGACAAAUAGCUAUCCUUACUCCUACAGAGAGGAUGGAACGUUCACAGUUACCGCCAAUAUUUCCAACAUCGUAAGUCACCAGAUUGUUACGACAACAGUUGAAGUAGUGGAGAGGAUCGUUGAUCUUGUGAUAGAACCAGAACCUCCUCACGCACCCCUUAAUGAUCCCGUAGAUCUACGAGUGAAAAUGAAAAGAGGAGGAACUGGUUCUAAACUGCAGCUAAGAUGGCAAAUUGAAGGAACCUGGACCACCUACCAAAAUCGAAUCGGAAAUAGUCCUGAUGGCUUUGAUUCAAAACUACACACCUAUACAAGCUUAGGUUCUUCCACAGUCAUAGUGGAAGCCAAAAGUGUCUUGGAGACUAAGUCGGCCACCUACACGAUCUUUUGCGAGGAAAAAGUCACAGACAACUUUCAAUUGACAUCAACCUUUCCACAGGAUUUUGCUAUAAUGCCAAAGAUAACAUACACGCUUACCUACAACGAUCCCAUCCCAACCAAUGCCAAGAUAAAUUUUGAUUAUGGAGACGGAACAACAACGAGUGAUGUAAUUCUUCCUAUUGUUACUCCGGGAGGCAGCAACCAGUGGGACAAAACGUACAGUGCAGCUGGUCACUAUUCCACAACAAUCACAGUGUUUAAUAAAGUCUCGUCGGUCACAAAAACAGUUAUGAGUGGCGUCUACAGAAAGUUUGACAGUUGUGAUGCUGUCCUAAAAUGGAAGCCCAUAGUUCCAUUAAAUGGGUCUGAUUUGGAUGGAUUUGGACCUCUCAAAAAUAUUUUUCCGCGUGACAGACCUUUGAGGGUACACAUUACAUGCACAGCAGGAACUCUUGUUUACUAUGAUGUGUUUGCCCAAGGAAUAAAUAACUUUUUGGCAUGCAACAAGACGGAGAAGACGUUGUUCGAGUUGGACUUCACCAGUCUAGCAGCUGAGACAUACACACUUUCUAUAAAACCAAUUAACCCGAUACACCAGGUUACUAUAACUAAAACCAUCCAGAUGCAAGACCCAUGUAAAGAUAUAAUAGUAGAUGACGGUGGCCAACAGGCUUCUGCUUAUCAGUGGAAAAAGUUUAACAUCACCUUUGGAAUGCAAGGUACUGCUACCUGCAUACAUGUAGAUUUUGGCGAUGGUACUCCUGGCGAACUGUAUGGAGAUGCUACGAUGUGCGGUCCUUUAACUGGAACAGCCUCUUAUAUAGGCGCUUUAUCAAAUAUAACAGAAGUACAACACGAAUAUAUGACAAUGGACACAUUCAUUGUAUUUGUAAAAGGAUUCAAUGCGUAUUCCACUUGCUCUGCUAACUUUACUCACGUGAUAUCAGAUGUAGAUUGUUCACAGCCAAAGGUUAGUAUCAAAGAUUUGAGACCGGUAUUUUACAACCCAGAAGAGGUGAAGAGAAGUGCUCAAGUACGGAUCGUCGGUGUCACAGAUAUAUAUUGUACACAAACUCUAGACAAUGUAAAAACAUGGACGGUCCACAUGAUUGAUGAAAACACAGGAGAAGAUGUACAGGAAAUAGACAUCACAAACUUGCCAUCUCAUCAGACCGCAGAAUUAGCGUUACCUCCUCGCUUCUUGGAGUAUGGUUCAUACAGGGCAAACUAUAGGAUGGAAAUGGUGUCAACGGACUUUGUCCAAAACGAAAACUUCAGUGCAAAUGUCGAUCAUUACAUAAGAGUUGUCAAGAGCGAUCUUGUUGCUAUAGUGUAUCCUGGUGGUAUGACUAAAAUUCAAAGAGGAUUCUCUAAAAUGAUCACAAUUGAACCCAUGACAUAUUCAUUUGAUCCAGACGUUGCUACUGGGUUGCCUCAGACUUUUUCAAACUUCACUUGGUGGUGUAGAAGAAGUGAUGAGACCUUUCCUAGUCCAGAUGUUCUGGUUGUUCCUUACACUACCACACAGUUAGGGAGUAACCCUGCUGAUAAUGGCGGCUGUUUCAAACAAGGACCAGGGAGAAUCGAUACCAAUAACGGAACACUAAGUUUUGACACUGCCAACAUGCAAAUAAACCAAACCUAUGUUUUCAAAAUUCAAGUUCGAAAGGACGAUAGAAUGGCUGAAACGACUGCAGAAUUAGAAAUAGUGACAGGGGAUCCUCCAGAAUUGACUAUAAGUUGUGGAAGCGCCCUCUGUAUCCCACGACCAGGAGGACAACUCGUACGUCCUUCUAGUCGAUUAAGUCUACUUAGUGAGUGUUCGGGAUGUACGCCUGGUGCCCAGUUCGAGUGGAAAGUCUAUCAAAGUAACUAUCAGUGGACCUGGAAGGAAAUUAUACAGCUUCCUACUUAUGUUGACGGGGUGUUCUCUAAUAGCAUUGCAAUCAAAACAUCUAUGUUUGAACUGGACAAAACUGUAAAGACUUAUCUGGUUGAACUCUACGCCAAGCCCGAGGAUGGACAGCAAGCCAAGGCGUACAUGAAGCUAUUCUUGAAUGACCCACCGCGAAAUGGAACAUGUACAAUCUCGCCAAACGCUGGUGUAGCGACGGUAGCCACUUUCCAGGUCACGUGUUCCGGAUGGAUUGAUGAGGACGGCAUAGAGUCGUACCGUAUCUACGUUAGCUUCAAAGACGACCCCCAGGAGCGACUGAUCAUAUACGGCAGCGUCUCCUCCUACAGUGUUCAACUUCCGGUAGGACCAGAUUAUGACGAAAACAAAAUGCAGGUCUUUGUCCGCAUUGCUGACGUAUACGGUGCAGCCGUUGACUACAACAUAGGAAUUGUUCAGGUUACACCAAUGACAAAAGAUGAAGUUGUCGAAAAACUUGGGACAAUGCAGGUGCAACUAAAAGAUGAACUCGACCUUGCGUUGGCACGGGCGGAUCUCAGUCAAGUUAAUGAGGUGGCAUUAAUGUAUGCCAGUAUAAUCAACAUGGCGAGUAAGAAUGGAACAUCAGAGUAUGCUGGUGUAGAAGUUGCUGGAACUCAGACAGCGACAGGACUUGGUCCGGAUUACAUGAAUCGUACAGACGCAUUUGACAAGUCAUUAACCACUUAUGAGAAAGAAGAAAAGUAUCAGGCUGAGAGAGAAGUAUAUGCUCAGAUUACAAACCAGAUAGCAGAUGCUUUGCAAAGAGUUACAAUAGCAACUCCCUCAUCUAUCGCUCUGACUGCCAGCACAUGCGCCGAGGUGACCAAAUAUACUGAAAACUGCGCAAGAAGUUGUCAGGAAGGUAUUAAGAAUGUAACACUGAAUAUGAUGAAUACUUUGGAAGCUCAAGCAGACGAGAUUCCUAUAGAAGAGCUGACACUUGCAGCCAAAGGAAUCAUUAACACUCUCUCUAAUCUCAUUGAGGCUGGAAACGUUCACACUGAAUACCCUACAAACGGUGAUAUGGAAUCGGUUGUUCCAUUCGCCCAUUACGACACAGACUUAGAAUCUGUAGAAAAAGCUAUUCCAUCCAGUAUCACUAAUCGUGAUAGAGCGAAUAAAAAAGUGUUAGCUUUUACCAAUGAAGAUUUCCAAGCCAGUACUACACAAGGAGUGCAACAUACAGCCGACACAGUGUACUCGAAGCUGAGAACGAUCUUCCAGAAGACUCUGGUAGAGGGAGAGACCCCAGUGAAGAUAUUCACCACCUCCAUAGUUCUAAGCUUCGAGAAGAACCGAGCCGAUAAGUUCUCCAACAAGACGAUCAGCCUGGGAGAUGGAAGUUUUGAUAUGCCAGACUGGUGUUCCCUCAAAGACACAUGUAAUCCUAAUGACACUGUUGUCGUGCAGUCAUCUUACUCCAUCUUCCAUCCACAUGCGUUCACUCCACAAGCCAAAGAUCUAUCAAAGUACAGUGGCUCCCUCAACAUUGAUCUUUAUGAUGCCAACGAUAGUCCUAUACAAGUCACUCAGGCUGCGUCACCAAUUCAAAUGAAGGUUCCCCUGGACAAGAACAUGCUGGUACCCGGGGAGGAAUAUGUUGUUCCCUUUAUACCAGAUCGAGACUGGGAAUACUUCUUUUAUCAUACAACACAGAUAACUUCAUCUCGAGCUGCUUUACAAGUGCGAUUCCGAUUGGAGGAUCUUAAUUUACAGUUUCUGGUGUUGGUUAAGUUUGGUGACAUCAAAAAUAUUUCAACUGAGUUUGAUCAUGUUUGCAUGGUACCUAGCAAAAUGGAAUACAAAGGAUUAUUUGGUACAGAUGAUACGCCAGACCCAUAUACUUGUUUUGUCGGAAGUGACGUCAUCAAUGGUUACCAGGGUCAGGUGACGAUUGGAGUCAGACAAAUGACCAGUGUGGAGCAUGAUUAUUAUAUUUCUAAGUCACAUGUUCCACCCACUUUUCCACCUGGAAGUGGUGCAUUCUCCACCAACUACACCAUACAGACUGUGAGCUCCACGUGUCGCUUCUUUAAUGAAACAAUUCAGGACUGGGACACAAGAGGAUGUGAAGUUGGUCCGUUGACAAACAGAAAACAUAUUCACUGUCUCUGUACUCACAUGACCACGUUUGCUGGCGGCUGGGUUGUCGUUCCGAACACCAUCGACUGGAACUUCGUCUUUUCCAAUAUGGACUUCUUUAAGAACCCCACUCUCUAUAUUACGGAGAUCGUGAUUUUGGUUGUCUAUAUCAUUGCAGUUAUCUGGGCCCGAUACAAGGAUAAGAAAGAUGUAGAAAUGCUUGGGCUGACUCCUUUAGAAGAUAAUGACAAGAAGGACAAGUACUAUUACGAGAUUGUAGUUGUCACAGGGAUGAGGCGUAAAGCUGGUACCGACUCCAAAGUGAGUUUUAUCUUGUCCGGUGAUGAAGAUGAGACAGAUGUCAGAACGUUCAGUGACAAGAAGAGGAAGAUCUUCAGACGAGGUGGCGUGGAUGGAUUUCUCAUGUCUGUUCCAAGACCACUGGGAGCUUUAAACUACCUGCACAUCUGGCACGAUAAUUCCGGAAAAGGAAAAUUCGCGUCUUGGUACCUACGGAAUGUUGUCUUGCGUGAUGUACAGACUGACCAGAAAUACAUUUUUAUUUGUAACAGAUGGCUUGCUGUAGAAGAAGACGAUGGAAUGAUUGACCGUCUGAUACCGGUAGCUGGCAAGGAGCAGAUGACAGAAUUCAGUCACCUUUUCACAGAAAAGACAACUAAAAGUCUAAGUGACGGUCAUCUCUGGUUUUCUGUCAUAGCCAGACCUCCUCAGAGCAGGUUUACACGUGUCCAGCGCGUGUCCUGCUGUCUGUGUCUUCUAUUCAUGUCCAUGUUGACGAACGCUAUGUUUUAUGAAAAAGGAGAGUCUGACAACAAUGCCUUUACCUUUGGACCGUUUGCUUUGACUCCUGAACAGAUAUACAUUGGAGUGGUCAGCAACAUCAUAGUGUUCCCGGUCAACUUUCUGGUCAUCCUCAUUUUUCGUAAAUCUCGACCUCGAAAUAAGCGACCAUCUCGUGUGGCAAAGGCACUAAAUGAGAAAUCAAAGCCAGUGGCAUCUGUCUUCGACGUUCAUCCGACGCUAAAAGGUUCGAAUGACAAUAAAUGUCUUACUCCAUCCAAACUCAUAGAAGGGGCCCGACCAGAGACAGCUAUCACUCGCAGUGGCACGUCCAUGUCUGUCGUAGAUCUGGCGGAAAAUGGAAACAAGAAAAAGAAGAAGAAAACCUGUGACCUUCCCUGGUACUUUGUCAUAGUUGGUUGGAUCUUACUGUGGACGGCGACUCUUGCGUCUGCGGCUUUUGUUACAUUUUAUGGUGUCAUGUUUCAGGAUAUUAAGUGCAAGAUGUGGAUAACGUCUAUGCUGAUUUCUUUCUUUACCUCCAUCUUCAUUACACAACCAAUCAAGGUAAUCAUGACGGCGAUAUUCUUCUCUCUGGUCGUUAAAAACCCUGGUGGAGAUGACGAUGAAGAGAAUGAUGAGGAUGAAGAGAAGCCUCCUCUGGCUCCAGACGAAGAGUACCUGCAUGAUAUGGAUAAUAUGGGCUUCGUCAAACCAAGGAAAGCUGCCUACAAACCACCAGAUCCACGUCUGUUGGAGAAAGCGCGGGAAGUCAGACUUAAAGAAAUCAAGAUGUGGGGUGUAGUGCGGGAGAUUGUGUUUUACUCGUUUUUCUUGUGGAUUCUGAUGGUCAUUAGCUACAGGAAUCGUAGUUAUAUGUCCUACUACUACAAGUCUAGUUUGGAGCAAGUUUUCAUAAACACCAACGACACACAACACCAUUUCCUGAAAAUAAAGAACAAAGAUGACUUCUGGGUUUGGGCGCAGAGUGGAAUGGUUGAUGGCAUCCGAGCUGGAGUCUGGUACAAUGAUGGACAACCUGUAUUUUUACGUGGCUACAUUAAUGACAAACAAUCACGCAUCAUGGGAUACGCUACCAUGCGACAACUUCGAAUGAAACCAGGGUCCUGUCGAGUCGCUGACGUCAUGCAGUCAAUAGUGCAUGAAUGUAAUGAUGAAUACGACAUGCGAGAUCAGGACGAGGAGAACUAUGGCAUCGGUUGGAAUCCUAUUUAUCAGAAUGCCACUUACACAACGCAACGGGAGGAAUAUAGCUACACCGAUCCCAGCGAGUUGGAUGGAUAUCCCUACAUGGGGGACAGAUUCUUAUACAGUGGUGGUGGUUAUGUUGUUCGCCUUCGUGGAAACUCGACUUUAUUGAGAACAAAACUCCAGACUCUUGAAAGAGAAGGAUGGAUAGAUAGGUACACACGAGCGAUAUUUGUGGAAUUCACCGUUUAUAAUCCUGGAAUUAACUUGUUUGGGAUAGCAACGUUGCUUUUAGAAGUCCGUCCAAGUCAGGGUAUAUUUCCGUCCUAUCGUUUUGAGCCCGCCAUGUUGUUACCAUAUAUGACUGAUGUAAUGCUUUUCCAAAUAGCGUGUGAGAUAGUCUACUUUGGUUUCACAGUUUUCUUUAUUUUCCAACUGUUAAGAGGAAUGCUUAAAGAAAAACUCAAUUACUUUAAACAAUUCUGGAAUUUGGUCGAACUUGGAAUCUGCUCUAUGUCUGUGACCGCCAUUGUAAUCUACUUCUAUCGUAUGUUUGAAACCAACCGUCUUACGGAGCGAUUUAAGGUAUCCCAUGGUAACGAGUACAUGAAGUUUCAGUAUGUAGGAGCCUGGAGUGAGAUCUUCAGUUAUAUUAUAGGAUGGUUGGUCUUCUUUGCAUCACUUAAAUUCCUAAAACUUCUGCGGUUCAACAAGCGAAUGUCCUUACUGGCCUCCACGUUGAAGAACUCUUGUAAAGAUUUAAUGCACUUCAGUAUAAUUUUCAGUAUCGUCUUCUUGGCAUUCAUCCAACUCUUCUACCUGGUCUAUGCCGGAAGUCUGACAGAAUUCAAGACUUUUAUCACGGCUUGUGAGUCUGGCCUCACAAUGAUGAUGGGCAAGUUUGACAUUUACGACAUGAAAAUGGUUGAGCCAGUUAUGACGCCAUUUUUCAUUUUCGCUUACGUCGUUACAAUAACGUUUAUCGUUGUCAACAUGCUGUUGUCUAUCCUGAAUGAGACAUUCGGCGCAGUACGAUCAGACAUUGCAAAGCAGAACAACGAGUAUGAAAUUGUUGAUUUCAUGAUGAAUCGCUUUAAGCUGUGGACGGGGUUAGGCAUGGCGGAUAGAAGUGUCCUCUCUCCAGAUGAUAUUCGUGGAAACAACACAAUUGAAGGCACAAUCGACUUAUUUCCGGAUCGAAUUGAGCAGUUACUGUCGUCUUUGUCACAUAUCUACAGUAAAGAGGAACGGCUUGAUGCGUUGUUCGAAAUGAAUGCUGCAAAGAGAGAGGACUUAAAGACUUCCUUUGGAAGAAUUCCACCAUCUAAAAGCCAAAAGUAUCAGGAUGUUUUAACAACUGUGCAUACAAAUUAUUAAUGGAACAAUAAAGAGUUUUUGCCGAAAAAGACAAUUCGUGGUUGUGGAUAGUACAUGUACAUAAAGCAGCAAUAUAUAUUAUACAGAACAAUAACGACAAUGUUUAUCAUAAACAGCUUUAAAUACACUAAUACAUGUCUGAAAUAAAUAUAUUUAUGGAUUUCAGUCUAUUCUUAAAAAACGUAUUCUGACCACUAGCAAUACUACAAUAUGUGCAAAGACUGUAAGAUUUCGCGUUAAAUAAGAACCUAUAAAUCAACGAUACACACCUUUUACAUAAACGACAAAAAGUACCUGAAGUAGCACAUGUAUAUGUUUUA